UCUCUCUCUCUCUCUCUCUCUCUCUCUCCGCCCGCUCGCCGGCGUUGUGCUGAUCUCUGUGUCAAGAAAAGGUGGGAUUCGGCUUAGGGUAAUGGCGGCGUUCCCACCGCGUCCUUGGGUCCCGGCUUCCUUUUCGUCCGGCGGCGCGUCGCCAUCGCAUCUCAUCGCCGUGGCUUCCUCCCUCCGUCUGGGCCACCUUUUCCGUGAACGCUGCGCCGCCCACCUCCACCUCCUCCUCUGUUCUCCCUCGUCGUCCUCGCACGAAGGUUAUCAUUUGGGCAACUUGCCCCAAAAGCAGGAUUUCUGGUGUAGAAAAAGAUACUCCUUGAAGACUUUUGCUUUUCUUGAGAAAUUGUCGGAUGCUUUCUUGGCGUCGUGUUCGUCUUGCUCUUAUUUCUUUAGCGAAAACGAAUCUGGGAAGGGAUAUAUGGACAAAGGAAGGGCGCAAAUGACGAACUCUCAAGGGAAGCCUUCUGACGGAAGGAAGUGGACCAAUGUCCUUCUGGCCGUUAACGUGUUGGUUUAUGCAGCCCAGAUUGCAACCCAGGGGAAGCUGCUUUUAUGGGGUGCUAAGGUCAAUAGCCUAAUAAAUAAAGGGCAACUAUGGAGAUUGGUAACGUCAUCACUUCUGCAUGCAAACAUUGGGCACCUUAUGAUUAACAGUUACUCUUUGAACUCCAUUGGUCCUACAGUGGAGCAACUUAGUGGGCCUAGACGAUUUCUUGCAAUUUACUUCACUUCGGCAAUAGCAAGUUCACUGAUGAGCUACCAUUUUAGUCAGUCACCUGCUGUUGGCGCAUCUGGUGCCAUAUUUGGAUUAGUCGGUUCAUAUGCUGUCUUUGUUUCGAGGCAUAGAAACCUUGUUGGGGGUGGAAAGAAGGAUUUGCUGCAUGUUGCCCAUGUCAUUACCUUGAACAUGGUUAUUGGGUUUCUCUCCAAGGGCAUCGAUAACUGGGGUCACUUGGGAGGAUUGCUAGGUGGAGCGGCGGUAUCGUGGUUUCUUGGCCCAGCAUGGAAGUAUAUCACCCAAUCAUCUGAUGGAAGACUGGUUUUUGCUGAUAAGGCUCCCAUUUUUCGUUUCAUCAACAAGGGGAGAAGAUUGCCAUAAAUGAUCUAUUCAUAAAUGAUAACAGCUAAAUACUCCAUUAAAGUUGCCAUUUCCAUUUGUAAAGAAAUUACCCAGCAGAAAAGUGGGAAAAAUAAAACAUAUCAUUGCCUUAUGUACUGUAUCCCAAAUGCAUAAUGGUAUAUUAAUGUUAAGAUUGGAUGUUUGCACUGU